CUGAGCGGAUUAAAUCCUCAGUGAGUCUCAACUCAGUCUGGACAGAAACAGCUGAGCUCUGGACAGAAACCUCGGGAUUUUAUCUUUGUUUGUUUGUUUAUGUUUAUUUUUAGUUUAUUCGUUUAUUUCUUAGAUUAACAGAGUUUUGGAGCCACUUUGAUAUUGGGGUUUUCUUGGAAGAAAAAGUGACAAUAAAAGAGACAGAGAGUCCAGGAAAGUGUGUUUUUAUCUGAGGAGGAGCUCACUGCAGGUGCAGGACAACAGUCGACAGGCUCGCGUGUCCAUGUGGUCUCCACAGCAGCACAGUGGUACGUACAGUACAGUGGUCAUUCUCCCUGGGAAUUCCUGGAAUGUCCUGGAACGCCCUGGGUGCGACUCAGACAUACUCGGACCACACUUCCUGUUUCCUCAUAGCCACUGACGACCCUCACUUCCUGUUUGGUCCGUUGGCUGUUAAUGCUACGUCGGAAAUAAAACAGAGACAGAGAAGAGUUUCCUUCUGUUCUCUGGUCACUGAACAACAAGCUCAGGAAACUUUAUUUUUUGGCCUGACUCACACAUCAUGUUUGAUGAUGGGCAGGGCUGACACCUGCUGCUGUAGGUGGCUAUCAAAAGUUAGCACAGCAGUGUUUGUGUGGCCUUCACCACUGCCAGUAUGACGGCCUGGUCCCAGGGCACUGUUUACUGUCUCUGCUCCUUCUUCACCAUGUGAACCUCUGACAGUAGUGUCCUCUCUGUGCGCCCCCUGCAGGCCAGCAGCUGCCCACUGAACCCAGGGAAGGGGGUGUGAUCCAGGGGUGAGAGCAGCAGCGGACGUCCUCUCCCUCCACACACUGAAGUGGAACAUGCUGUAGCCACAUAACAGCUGGUCAAGAUGAUGGCCUCAGUGGUUGUCGGGGGCAACCGGAAGACGUCUCUCACACUGAGAGGAGUGGACCCGGAGACCUGCAUGAUCGUGUUCAAGAACCACUGGGCUCAGGUGGUGAAGAUCCUGGAGAAACACGAGCCGGGUCGUAGCAGCACCGGCGCAUUGAGUUUUCUUUCUGGUCAUGGUGGUUCUGGAGCCUUACGCCUCGGUCCAAUCCCGGCAGACGAAGCCAGCGCCGUCCAGAACUACGUGGAACACAUGCUAUUCCUGCUGAUGGAGGAAGAGGCGGGGAAAGGAGGAGCCAUGGGUCCAAUCCUGGAGUUUGUGGUUCUGGAGGGUGUGAUGGAAAGGCUGUUCCUGUGGAGCCUGAGGAGGCAGUUCACGGAAGACAUGAAGCUGGAGCAGCUCAGGAUGUACCAGAUGCUUCUGUCUCAGGCCAAACAGCCUCUGCUGCAUCAUAAACCGGUUCUCCGGCCGCUCAUGAUGCUGCUCGCCUCGUGCGCCGGACCUGGAACCGAUAGUGGCGGUGUGGUGGAGGCGGAGCUUGUCCUCCUGCUGUACCAGCUGUGCGUCGCUCUGGUCAAAGACUCAUCAGUGCUCGAACUGUUUUUCCACACGAGUGAAGACCAGGGAGCCGCCAACUUCCUCCUCUUCUCCCUGCUCAUACCAUACACACACAGACAGGGUUCAGUGGGUCAACAGGCCAGAGACGCUCUGCUGCUCAUCAUGUCUCUGUCUGCGUCUGAGCCUCGAGUCGCUCAACACAUCAGUGAGAACACGUACUUCUGUCCUGUGUUGGCCACAGGUCUCUCUGGUCUGUACUCGUCUCUUCCUGCCAGGCUCCAGGUUUACAGUGAAGACUGGCAUUGUCUGGAGCAGGCCGACUGGCAGCAGGUUCCGGCUCUCGUCCACUUCCUGCAUUCACUGGACUUCUGUAGUGCCGUUACCAGGGUCGCUCAUCCCUCCGUCCGCUCUCAGUUGCUGGGUUACAUUUACAAUGGCUUCCUGGUUCCAGUCCUGGCUCCUGCUCUGCACAAGCUGACAGUGGAGGAGGUGAUGACCACGACGGCGUACCUGGACUUGUUCCUGCGCUCCAUCUUUGAGCCCGCCCUCCUCCAGAUAUUCCUGUCCUUCAUCCUGCUGCACACGCACGACAGUGUGCAGAUUCUUGACACACUGGUCAGCCGGGUCAACACACCUUUCCAGUUGGGUACAGUGUCACUGGCCCUGUUCAGGACUCUGAUUGGUCUCUUCUGUGAGGACGUCAUGCUGCAGCUCGUCUUCAGGUACCUGAUUCCGUGCAGCCACCUGAGCAGGAAGCAGCUCUCGUCCUUAAAACAGAGGGACUGCCACGCCUCCAGCGCCACCUCCUUCCUGCUCCUCAUGCCCUCCUGGUGCCCCGUGAACCUCCACAACACAAACUCCCACUCUGAGCACAUCCACUGGGCCAAAGGAGCAGACCUGUCUGUAUCAGACAGCGUCGGUUACUGGCGUGGGUCGGACUUCCUGAUGGAUGUGAACUACCUCCACUACCUCUUUGAUGCCCGACAGGCCAUUUCCACUUCUCACAGGGCAUGUCGGCUCUGGUCAGCCCCGUACGACGGGAUCAACCCUUCACCUGAGGGAUCCCGAUCAGACACACCGGGGGGUGACGUAAAAGACCAAGAAGAAGAAGAAGACGGCGAAGAAGAAAUCAUACAGCGAGUUACGAGUCCUCCGUCCUUGGCCAUCUCGCCCACCCCCUCCUCCUCAGACAAACAGACAGGAAGAGUCAGUUCUGCCCUGGAGUUGGAGUGGGAUGAUGACAUUUUUGCAGACGAUGAACCUUCUUCAUCAGCGACCACAAACUCUGGGAUUGCAAAUGGCGGCGUGACUGUGGGUGCGUGUGUGCUGGCGCCUGCUCCUCCUCUACCUCCUCAACACAUCCAGGAGAUGAGACGCAGUGCAAUCAAGUUGGUGAACGGUUCAUACGUAGAGGAAUCAGAGUUUCAGGACGACAUUCUGGUCUACGAUCUUGUCGCCCAGAAGGACACAAAGGCAGCCCUUUUGGAGCGAAUCAUGGCAGCGAAUCAAUGCCGAAGCAUCAAAUAUGGCCACCGAGCAUCCUUGACAAUGACGUCGACAGUUGCGGCGAUGUUAGCAAAGAGCAGAGGCGAAUAUCACGGAAAGGAGGUGGAGGAGGAAGAUGAGAAGAACAGGUUGGAUGUGCGAGGAGAGCAGGAAAGACGACAAGCCUUCACCAGUGGAUUCAACAAAAACAGUAACUUCAUCGAGGAAUGUGACAACGCUGAGGACGAGCAAUCAUCUCAGAAAAGCUGCAGCCUGAAUAACUUCACGACUGUCAAUCAAAGAAAACAACAAAAACAACAUCUGACACCAUGCUCACUGACAAACAUGUUACCCAGCAGCCACAAAGAAGCUGAGCAACGUUCUACUUUCCUUUCUGAAACCACUGCGAGGUCUCUCAGUCUGCCCGACAACAACAGCUUCCUGUCUCAGUACCACAAGCUCAUGCUCUCUCUUGGGGCGGAGCCAGACUUUGACGAUAUCACCGACAACAUCAGCAUAUUCAGGAGGCGGGUCCGAGCCCUCAGGCAGAAACUGGAGGAGGAAGACGACGAGGGGCUCGGAGAAGAGUCAUUCUUUAGCUCCUCCUUGGAUGACAGUGAGGAGGAAGAGGAGGAGGAAGGAGAGGAGACGAGGAGAUAUGGAGUUCCUUUUACAGGUCCCUUCAUCAGUGUCCUGUUGUCCCGCCUGGAGAACCUUCUGGAAAACUCCAUCGCCGUGAACCUGCUGGUGACAGGGAUCCUGGCCCAGCUGGCGUCAUACCCACAACCUUUGCUGCGGUCGUUCCUGCUCGGCACGGACACAAAACACAACCAGACCAACGUACGCACGCUGUAUCAGGUGUUGGUGUCGGUUCAUGAUCAGAUUGAGCGCUACGUGGCGUCCAGACCAGAAUACCCAGGUCUGGUCGCUCAGGCCUGGAGGUUCUUGUUGGCCAAAGACCAGGACAGCAAGUUUAGAGAGUCCCUGGAGUCUCAGGGUGGCACCAGCGUUGUCCCCCAGGAGCCCCGUCUUCCCAACGGCUCUGUGAGGAACUGUGUGGCCCCGCCUCCUGUCAGCGCUCUGCCGCCGUGCCCUGCGAUCCCACCCCAAGCCAAGAGCCGAGUGUUCGCCAUCGUCCUGUAUGCCGAGUUUCUCAAAGAGCUCGCCGCUGUCGCCCAGGAGCACAGCGUCGCUCUGGACUGUUCUGAAAACCAGAGGAACUGAAAUACAAAAGCACUAAACACAAAUAAUCUGAUUCACCAACCAGAUUAUGGAGGGUCUUUGCAUAGAUUUGUACAGUACAUAUAUAUAUAUUCCUGGCUGCACUUGAAUAUUUCCAUGGUAUUUAUGUUAACGAAAGUUAUUUGUCUACACAUUUGUCGGGUCAGUGCAAAUAGUUUUCUACACUUUAUUUCUUUAAUCUUUAAAAAAUAAAAUGAUGUUAAUGGUCUUAAACCAUAUUCUGACGGGAUUAGUUUUACAUGGAGAGGUGAAGGUAAAGCGUCUCAGGUUAGUGUGUUUAUGUUGACGUUAAAAGUCAGAUUUUAGUCAAAGACGAAGACAAUAAUUCGGUCACGUAAACACUUUAGUCUGAUUAAAAUCAAGCUAGUCUUAGUCAGACUAACAUAUCUGGAUGAUGUGAGUCAUGGUCUGAUUAAUAUUUUAAAAGACCAUACGUUAAAACCAGCACAUAAAACACAGUGAUGGAGAAGUUUCAUUCUCAUUUUUGGAAUCAUUUUCAACUUCCUCUUAGUUUUCUUUUGCCAACUGUUUCAAAAAUAAUAAAAAAAAACAAUAAUCUUUCACGUUGCACACCACAGUCAAUAUUAUACAAAGUAACAUUUUUCCCUCGUUAAUCUGUUGUGUCAUAUAGUUGCCUUUCAUCGACCAGUGACAAUCAGAGACUCAAAUGUUUCUUCCAUUGAAAAUAUCUGAUUUAUUGUUGUUUAUUGUUAUCACGUGUAAAUCAUGUGACUUGUCUUAUUUGUGGUGCGUUCAGGUCAAAUAUGAAACAUGGUACACUGUUGUGGUUUGUUUUUUUAAGAAAAAUGUGUUGUAUAAAUAAACCGUGACCUUUGACCUACAGUGGAUCAGAGUCUGCGAUCUUCACUUCCUACGUUUUCAUGUCAACAACCAAAGCCAGGCCUCUGGGUCACGCAGUGCUGCCACCCGCCAUCCAAACCUGCAGCUGCAGCCAUGAAGAUCUACCUCCACAGACGUGAAGAACAUGUUGCAAAGCUCCUGCAGCGAGGAGAACCUGAGGAGAAGCUGAGGAGAACCUGACUUUACAGCUGAUUUCACGUUGACUCCUCUGAGCGUGAAGCUGCGUCCCUCCCCAGUUCCUGAAUCUGAGCUUCAUGAUGUGAGCUGACACAGUAGGUGUGGUGGUGACGUCUGCGCCUCUGUCUGUGGUUUGCUGGUUCCUGUCUCUGUGCAUACAGUGGCGACACAUGACAGAAAGAUAACGGAGACCUGCUCCCGUCAGCUGGAGAAACUGAAGCCAGUGGUCUGGAUUUUGGAGGAGCAGAUGGAGAUGAUGGUGAUGAUGAAGGUCUACCUGCUGCUGUGGACUCUGCUGGGUGCGGUCAUCGCUUUACCAACGAGUGGUGGCAAUAUUGAAAUGGAUGAUGAGGAUCUUUCACUAGAUGGCAGCGGUGACUUGGGGUCGUCUUCUUUGUCUUUCUCAGUCAACACCACCAGUGCCUCCUCAGCUCUCAACGGCGCCCCCUAUCUGGUCUACGUUCCCUUGGUUUUGUACAUGUCGGCGCACUGAAGACAUUUGUGUCACCUGUGUUGUGACUUUGUUUGUCUUCAAAUAAUAAUUGUUGUUGUUUUUUUAACUCCAGUUACCGUGGAUUUGACCGUUUGCAGACGAUGUAACGUGUUAUCUGUCAAUAAAACUGCUAAAAAAGUGAA